GCAUGUGGUGACCCCAAAGCCAAACCAUCCUAUCUUAUUGACAAAAACCUGGAAUCUGCUGUCAAAUUCAUAGUCAGGAAGUUUCCAGCAGUAGAAACACGCAACAACAACCAACAGCUUGCUCAGCUCCAGAAAGAAAAAUCAGAGAUUCUGAAGAACCUGGCAUUAUACUACUUCACGUUUGUUGAUGUUAUGGAAUUUAAGGACCAUGUUUGUGAGCUGCUGAACACUAUUGAUGUUUGCCAAGUCUUCUUUGAUAUUACUGUAAACUUUGAUUUAACAAAGAACUACCUAGAUUUGAUUAUAACCUAUACAACUCUGAUGAUAUUGCUGUCUCGAAUUGAAGAAAGGAAGGCUAUCAUUGGACUGUAUAACUAUGCCCAUGAAAUGACACAUGGAGCAAGUGACAGAGAAUAUCCACGCCUUGGCCAGAUGAUUGUGGAUUAUGAAAAUCCUUUAAAGAAAAUGAUGGAGGAAUUUGUACCUCACAGUAAAUCCCUUUCAGAUGCUCUGAUUUCACUCCAGAUGGUCUAUCCUCGAAGAAAUCUCUCAGCUGACCAGUGGAGAAACGCACAACUACUGAGCCUCAUCAGUGCCCCCAGUACAAUGCUUAAUCCUGCACAGUCUGACACAAUGCCAUGUGAAUACCUCUCUCUGGAUGCAAUGGAAAAAUGGAUCAUUUUUGGGUUUAUUUUGUGCCAUGGAAUCCUAAAUAGUGAUGCUACAGCUUUGAACCUUUGGAAGCUUGCACUUCAAAGCAGCUCUUGCUUGGCUCUGUUUCGAGAUGAAGUAUUCCAUAUUCACAAAGCUGCAGAAGACUUGUUUGUAAACAUACGAGGCUACAACAAGCGUAUUAAUGACAUCAGAGAGUGCAAAGAAACUGCCGUUUCACAUGC